AUGUCUCCUACACGACACUUUUGCUGCUGCUUGCCCGUUCGACUGGGUACAUUCGUACUCUCCUUUGGGUCGAUCAUCACGUCCGGGGCGUAUGCUGCGACGAUUUGGUAUGCAGUUUACAUGUCCAAGAACCUGAAGCAAGCUCAGCUCGACAAGCCCCAGGAAGUUGCGUUUGUCGUAGCAGGAUCGAUCUAUUCCUUCCUGUUCAUCCUCUCGAUGUUUGGUUUUAUUGGUGCUAUAACACGCAAGCGCUCGUUCGUCUCUGCCUAUGCACAGGCCCUAUGGUACAUGCUUGGCUUCCAACUCGCGUCGGGUGCAUUCUUUAUCUACACGCUCUAUCGUCAAAAGAAGGUUCAUAUCGACCAGUGUGUGGACGAAUUGAAGGCCAAUAACCCUCCGGCCAACGUCGAUCUUGUCAAACUUUGUACCAUUGCGACGCGAACAUGGAAGAUUAUAUACAUUGUUGUCUUUGCGUUCAGCUUGCUACUACACGGAUACGCCGCUUUGAUCGUUUCCCGCUACGUCGAACAACUUAGCGCUGAACAAUCCUACCGCCAUACCCACAAGAGCACCUCUGCCGCCUUCUCUGCUUCUGGGUCUGGCUCCGCCUACUAUCCCCACCAUCCUCUCGGAGAGAGCACAGAUAACCUCACUCAACACCACGAUGGGAAACAAGAUUACCCAUACGCCACUGCUCAGCACUCUUAUGGCCGUUCGAACGUUUAA